UGUGUGUCUCUCCGCAGGUCUCUGUUGCAGCAGCUGCAGUCUCUGCAGGCGGUGGUCACCGGAAAAGUCCCUAAAUCCUGCAGGAUGGCCGGCACCCAGACAUCAUCAUGCCUGAUGGUAGUUGUUUUGUGUUUCUCUCUGUUUUUGGGGAGUUUUUACCCCAGCAGUAUGUCUCCCUGCUCCACCAUCACUGAAAUUGGCCUUGCCUCCAAACAGCUGGAUGUCAAAGAGUCUUACACAACCACAGUGAAGUCAAGGAAUCUGUUGUCCACCUUCGAGGACGAGCAGCCGCAUCUCCUCGGUCUCGGUGGGGAAUAUCCCAACCAAUGGGAGGAGGCGCCGGCUGUUGUCAUGGCAGCGUGGCGUCGCUCGGAGCAACAGAAAGUGGUGGAGGAGCCCAUCAUGGUGGAAACACUCGUACCACUCAGAAAUAAUAGCAAUGAAACGCAGACGUCUAAAAACGUGCUGCUGGACCUCCACAGGUCUUUGGAGAGCAGCAGCAGUAAAGUGAUAGAGUUGGAUCGGACGGUCAAUGAGACCUCAUGAGAUUCAUGUCAACACCCCCACAUUAUCCCACCAUUACCCCCCCUGACCCUCAUGAUGACCUUUGACCCCCACCCCCUUCUAGACCUGGUUCAGUGUCCUGGAGCAAACCUCAUACAGUAGUUCCACUGCUGACUGUUCCAUCUCUGCUUAAUCAGACACACUGUAAUAUUAUUAAUUAAUAAUUGUAUAAUAAUAAUAAUAAUAAUAAUGAUAAUAAUAAUAAUAAUAAGGAGGCACUGGUUGCUUUAAUUUCUGAAGUAAAAAUGCACUGAAUAAUUUCAAUCAUCAAUCAUCAGUUGUCUUCAUUGACAUUCAAAUAGAAAUAGUGAAUUCCAGUGGAAAGUAUUUUAAAUAUGACAUGUGAGGCUUUUUACAGGACACUGAGGGAGAGAACCUUUGUAUUUAUAGAAACCUUUUUUUGGUUUUUCAUAAAGUUAUUGCUCUUUGUAGUUCUUUUAAAUGUUUUUAUUCCAUUCCAGUGAGCCCCCUUUUGAUACUUUUGUUUACGUUCAUAUUGUGUUUUUUUAUUUUUAUUUUAUUGUACUCUUUUAUAUAUUGUUAUAUAUUUUCUUCAGCUGACUUUACAUUUCAAACAUCCAAGGCUUAACACGGGUUCCUGCACUCAUUUAAAAAAGUUUUUAUUUUUUAAAACCUUAUAUGAAUCUGCAGCUCAAGUCUGUUGUUUGAUAUUGUGAAUACUGACUGCAGAUUUCAAAUCCAGUUCAAUAAAUAGCUCAAAAUAUCUGUUGAGCAUCCCACAAUCUAAGGAAUUGUUUGACAUUUGAGGAAAUAUUCUUGUGCUUUUUUCGCAGAGAGUUAGAGAUUAUCAAGUGUAUUUCGCCUGAUGUCCAACUUUUAAAGAAAUGUGUGCUGGAACCACAGAAUGAACUUUCUUUGGCCUUAUUUCCUGUGAUCUUUUUGCCUUAAACACUUUCACCGUCAGCUAUUUAUCUGCUCUGAUCUCUCAGCAUUUGCCAAAAAAAACUUUCUACCCAGAAGUGAAAAAAAAGUAUCUAUUUUUGUAAAUAUAAGUUGUUAAUAAAUAAGCAAGUCCAAAACUGUCUGGGAUGUGGAGUUUAUAAACCAAUGCAUAAUUGAUCCUGAGUCUUUUGGAUGCGAUGGUGAUAAAUGAUGAACAUAGCUUUGUCCUGACUUCUGUUUCUGGUUCACUUUGUUUGUUACAGAUCAUGGCGUUAAAAGUCUUAUUUGUUCAUUUCAAGUUUAUCUCAAGUCGGGUUUUACAUUUCUCCUCUUUAUUUAAACAUGUUUUCUGAUGUGUGUUAAACCCAUUCCACUUUCUGUGUAUCCAAGUUGUAAAUACAAACAUCCCAUUUGUUAAAAACUCUUUAUCCAGUUUUGAAAGUAUAACAAGAA